CGCUGCGUCUUGCCUCGCGCUUCGCCGGGGGCCGCUGGCAGCCUCGGAGCUCCCGCGGCCGGCUGCGGCUGGAGAAGGGUCUGCAGGCUCGGCUCGGCUCGGCUGGCCGGGCCCCGAGCUCCUGCCGCCGCCCUCCAAACUGAAGGCGUCCAAGAGGGCGCGCAAAUGAAUAACCCAAGCCGUGGCUUCCCUUCGCCGCCGCCAGCUUUAGGCAGUGCCAGGCGCUCAAGAGAAAAGUUGGCAAGGAUGUCGCGGCUGACCAAAGGGCUCUUCGGAUUGCGCUCUGUUGCGCUUGCGCGGAGCCGCGAAAUCAGAGUUGUGAAUAUAUUUGGGAAUCCUACAAUUAAGAAAAAUGAAUUAAACUGGAGAAGACCUUCUUAAAAAUAAACCAAAGACAAUUCUACAGAUUACCAGAAUGACAGGAUAGAAAGAUAAUAAAAAUGAAUGUGGAAAAAUUAGAGGAAAGGGUCUUGCAGACACCUUUAAUCAUCAGGGAUGAAAAUGGCAACAGAUGUGUGAGUAACCCCAUUGGGUCAGCCUCUUUGAAUGGAAGCACUGUUAGUCAUCCUCACCAAGGAGUAGACCAUGAAGGCUGUAAAAUAUUUAAAGAUACAGGUGAGCUCAAAAACACUACUUCAAGCCAGCGCAUUGAAGAGCAAGACUUGCAAAAAGCUGCCAGUGAUUAUAUUUGCAUGGGGACUUCAGACCUGAAAGCCACACAGGACUCUUCUUCAAAGGAACAAUUUUACAUGUAUGCCUUGAAUCGGACUUUCCUGGAGCCAGAAAGCUGUAGCAAAGAAAGCCUUGCAACAAAACCUUUUCGGAAUUACAGUUCUGGGGAAUUAGUACCUUAUUGCCAGACAGAUCUCAUGAAUUUAGUACCCCUUGCCUCCAAGGAAAGGAGCACUAUUGAAAUCCAAUAUGCAUUAGGUAGUGCCCAAAUGGAACAGGAAGAUGCUACUACAAAUGAAUCUUUGAUUACAAUGAUAAAUUUGGGGGAUACAAUAACGAAAUGUUAUGAGGUGGCAUGUGUUCCUGUCUCUUCUGGGGAAAUAGGUGAAACGUUCACCUGUGGAUACCAUGCUGGCUCUCCUAACCUAGAAGCUUUCAUCAGUUCAAAUGCACCAGAUACAUAUCUGGAUAAGGGUGUGCAACCUACUCCCCUUUCAUUGGCAGGAGAUGAGGUCACCAAUUAUAUUGAUUUAGUUUCGCAGAAUAGUGAACAGCCUGAAAAGCAAGGACAGCAGGAUGCUGGUUCUUGCAGUAAGCACUUACCAGAACCAGAACAGUUCAAUAUGUGCAAAGACAAACAUAAGAAAUAUAUGCAUAGCACUCCGGAGCAAGAUGAACAUAAAUGGCCAGCUGGGUCUAGGAUAGAUGAUAGUGUAAAUGGUGUUUGCCCUUUAGCCAUUGAAAGCUUUGAUGAGAAUUCUGAACAGGAAUUUCGUGAAGAUGAAGUAAUCUUGACCAGAGUACAGAAUCUUUCCAAAGGAAAUGAGGCCUUGCUGAAGGGACCUGAUGAAAUAUCUGAGCAAAUACAAAACGAUAUACCAAAGCUAGAAAGAGUUGCUUUGUCUGAGCACAACUGCCAAGCAACUUUUGUUGUUUAUAGCUCCCCAGCGGAUGAACAUAUCUUAACUUCUCCUCCCACCACAGGAUCAAAAAAUGCAACUUUUGCUGUAUUUUCCAUGCCAGAUGAUACUGGUGAUGGAUCUAAACCUGGAAAGAAUGCUCCCUUGGUAAAAGACCACCCCAGGAGUCCUUCACUUAAAAAUAAUUCUGAACGAAUUGUAGUUAAAUCAACAAAGAGAUCUCCCUUUACAGCUACUAUAACCAAAGCUAGGAAAGCAGAAAUAGUAAGUUUUCCAAAACCAAAUUUUAAAAACAUUAAGCCAAAAGUUGUGUCCAGGCCUGUGUCACAAUCUAAGGAUAGUGCUGCUCUAAAAACAACUCCAAGAUCUCCUCAGCUAUCUACUGCUUCCUCUUCUUCCUUGUCUUCCUCACCAAAGCAACCAUCAUCUUUGUUUGCAGCACUGAGGAAAAAAACUGACUUGGAUAAAGGCACCAAAGCAGAAACACCAAUGAAUAAGACUCAUAAGCAACAUUUUAAUAAACACCUUCCUAGCCAAGGUCUGCAUGCUUCAACUCAUUCUGAAAAUGUUUCUCACAAGGUUCUACAACCAGCGUUAAAGCAGAAUGUGGAUCAGGUUGACAGAGCAAAGCAUCUUAGCCCAACAUGCUUCCCUGUGGCUGUACCGUGUUCUCAGAACUAUGGUGGUCCACCAAGUGACAGAAUGGGUAGUGCAGAAACUUGGAUUCAGCCUUGGUCUGUGAGUAGCUGCCAGAGAGCUCAAGAAAAUAAGCAUUCAAAUGACUGUGCAGGGAUUUCAACUGAGACAUCUACCCAAGAGGUAACAAACAAUGCUCCUGGACUAGUGCAGCUUUCUUCGGUUUCUUUGUCUAAAGCAGACACAGCACAAGGGCAAAGUUUUCCCAAAGGCAGUCCUGUUCCUGUAAGGAGUGUACCACCAUCUAAAAUUGCAUUCCACUCUAGGAGAGGAAGUGAGAGUAAAAAUACUCAUGCAACCAAACUUUCAUCUCCUCAAAGACUAAUUUUAUCAUCAAACUCUGCAGGAGUAGGAACUCUUUCUCCCAGAGGAAGGCUUACUUCUGUCAAGGCCUUAUCUGGAUCUUCAGCUAGUUCUGGUCUCAAUUCAAAAGUGCCCAUUAGAGGACCAGGACUUCAGAGAACCUCUAGCAUCUCUUCAGUCAGCAGCACUCAGAGUGACCAAAGCACUUGCAGCAAUAAUUCUACAAGUGCUACCAUUAUCAAGAACGGAGAAUGGGCUUCCAAAUAUGCAUGUCAGAAUGGUACAGCCGGAUCCAUCUCUCUAAAGCCAGUGCCCAGGCCACGAGUCCUUUCACUGAAAAGUACACCCAAAGGAGCAAAAAAUAAAUUAGGCUUAGUGAACCAAUGUGUGCCCAAGUCUGCUGGAGCUCUUCUUCCAGGGAAGAAAGCGGGUGAUCUAAGAGGGAGUCAACGAUUAGGGCCUUCGGCACAAAAUGGACCCAGGCACUUAUUGUCAGCAUUCAGCUCUGUUGGCCAGAGUAAGCAGAAGAGUCCCAAGAAUUCAUGUCUACAAACCCGGGCUUCUAAGGAAGUGCAUUCAGCAGAAACAAAAGCACACGAGUUGAUGCAAUACAAAAGAAAAUGUGAAAACCAAAGUGGAAUUAUCCAGCAGCUGAAGAAAUGUUUGGCAAACAGCAAUCGGAAAUUGGAAGCAUUAGCUCUUGUGAUCCAGCACUUUCAGUCUGAGAGAGAGGAAGUGCUUUCCCAGCGUAAAGAGUUAUCACUAGAACUUCUCAAUCUGCGUGGAGAACUGGUGACUACUACCACUGCCUGUGAGAAAUUGGAGAAGGACCGAACUGAAUUACAAGCAGCUUAUGAAGGGUUUGUGCAGAAGUUGAACCAACAGCACCAAAGUGAUGUACUGGAACUGGAAGAGCGGUUGAAACAGUUCUACACAGCUGAGUGUGAAAAACUUCAGAGUAUCUGCAUUGAAGAAGCUGAAAAAUAUAAAGCGCAGCUUCAGGAGCAGGUUGACAACUUGAAUAUAACACAUGAAAAUUUUAAGCUAGAACUUGAAACCAGUCAUACAGAAAAGAUAGAGGAGUUGAAGAAGGAAUACGAAUCUUCCUGUUCAGAACUCAAGGCUACCCAUGAAUCAGAAAGAAAGUUACUUGAAGAAUUUUUCCAUGAGAAACAAGAAGAACUGGAGAAAAAAAUAGCUGAAUUACAAAGUGAAAACAAUUGCUUGAAUGAAAAGCUCAAGUUGGAAGAACAAAAACGAAUAGCCAAAGAAAAAGCAAACUCUAAAAACCCUCAGAUUAUGUAUCUGGAACAAGAAUUGGAAAGUUUGAAAGCAGUAUUGGAGAUCAAGAAUGAGAAACUGCAUCAGCAAGAUAUCAAACUGUUGAAGAUGGAAAAACUGGUGGAGAGCAACACUGCCCUGGUAGAGAAAAUGCGAAAACUUCAGCAAGAAAAUGAAGAAUUAAAAGCUCGGAUGGACAAACACAUGGAGCUUUCCAGGCAACUUUCCACUGAGCAAGCAGUUUUACAAGAGUCUUUGGAGAAAGAAUCCAAGGUAAAUAAACGCCUAUCAAUGGAGAAUGAAGAACUUUUGUGGAAGCUACACAACGGGGACCUGUGUAGUCCAAGAAAACUCUCCCCUGGUACUCCACCAAUGCCUUUUCAGUCACCAAGAAAUUCCAGCUCCUUCUCCAGCCCCACUGUGUCACCCAGAUGACACCACUGAGAAGAGAUGCUGUCCCUUCAAGCGUUUCCUUCUGCAGAACUGAAAACGUGGAUUAAGGGAGCAGAAAGCUAUAUGAGUUCACUGUGUCUGAAAUAUAACUGGAAAGUACUGCAUUGAGAAAUAUCUAUAACAUGUUCAAGGUACAGGAGCAGGAAACCAAACUCUGCUCCUCGUUAAAGAAAAAAGGACUUCGGAAAUAACUUCUCCAAAUGUUGUUGCACAAAGCACUUAAAGAGCAAGAAAUGUCUUGUUCACUUUUGCCUUUUUCACCUAACUCUAGGGAAAAAAAAUGCUCAGGGGCUUAUAAAUAAAAGAUCGCAACCUUUAAUAUGUUCCUCAUUAUAGAUAUGUACUUGAGACUCUGGGUGUGCAUAAAUGACUUAGAUGUAGCAUACCACCUUUGCCAUGUAUAUGAUAAAGGACAAACACAGAAGAAAAUAGGGUCAUGUACUUCAUGAAUAAAGUAUUCUCAUUAUGCAUGUUUUAUCAAGGAUUUCUCCCUUUCCUGGGACUAAAGAAAAACUGCCACGUGUACUAUAUGUUCUCCAUUAUCUCUGUACUUCAGUUUAGUAAAUGAUUGAAAGGAGAUGCUAUUUCUGUUUGGUUUCAUCAUUGUCUGCCUGUUUCAUUGUGGAAUGUAAUGAGUCUGAUCAUCUCCUAUCCACGUAUAAUUACAUCAUCCAAAAUAUUAUUUUUCAUCUUCCCCACAUAUAUGUCAGCAUUAAAUUGUUUUCCCCUAGCUAUAUUAUGUAGCCCUUUAAAAAAAAAAAAAAAGCACAUCAGGG